GCGGAAUUAAGCCCUUCCGGACACAGCGCGACUCGAGCGAGCGCAUCCGCGGCCGGCUGAAAGCCGCACGGACUCUUGUGUCUGUCUGUCCACUGUUCAUAUGAAUUUACACUGUCCCGCCUGAUCCACCUCUACUGCCAGCGUGUUAGAGAUUCAUAAAGGAAGAUGGUGUAUAUGGAAAGCUGAUGUGAGGAUCUGAAGCUCUGUUUCCAGGGUGAUGAGCUGUGUGCUUUGAAAAUAUCGAAUAUUAUGGGCUGUGCUUGCUGUAAGCAGAGGAAGGCCAGUAAAACUGUGUCGAAUCCCAACUCAUGUGACAAUGGGACCCAGUCAUCAGAACCCUCCCGUUACAUCGCCGAUCCCACUUUUAAUUCUGGGCUGAUACCGAACUUUAAUGAUUUUUCAAAUUCUGGUCCCUCAUCCAUUCCCACCCCAUCCCGCCCAGCCAACAUCACAGGUGGCGUAACGCUCUUUAUAGCCCUUUAUGACUAUGAUGCCCGUACGGAGGAUGACCUGAGCUUCCAGAAAGGAGAGAAGUUCCAUAUUAUCAACAAUACCGAGGGCGACUGGUGGGAGGCUCGUUCUUUGGACACAGGGAAUUCCGGGUACAUUCCUAGUAACUAUGUGGCCCCUGUGGACUCAAUACAAGCUGAGGAGUGGUAUUUUGGGAAGAUGGGCCGGAAGGAUGCGGAACGACAGUUGUUAGCGCAGAACAAUCCUAGAGGAACAUUCUUAAUACGUGAGAGCGAGACAACAAAAGGAGCAUACUCUUUGUCUAUUAGAGACUGGGAUGAUGCGAAGGGCGAUCAUGUCAAGCACUAUAAAAUUAGGAAGCUGGACAAUGGCGGUUAUUACAUCACAACAAGGACACAGUUUGAUACCGUCCAGGAGCUGGUGGAGCAUUAUACAGAGCGUGCAGCAGGCCUGUGCUGCCGUUUGAUUGGCAGCUGUAGGCGGGGCAUGCCUAAGCUGGCUGACCUGUCAGUGAAGACUAAGGAUGUUUGGGAGAUUCCCAGGGAGUCACUUCAGCUCAUUAAGAAACUGGGCAAUGGCCAGUUUGGUGAAGUGUGGAUGGGUAGUAAUGACGGUUUAUGUUGCUACUUGACUAAAGCCUGUCCAAAUUCCACGCCCCAAACGAUGGGUUUAGGGCGGGACGCCUGGGAGAUUUCCCGUGAAACGCUGCAGCUCAACAGGAAGUUGGGUCAGGGUUGUUUUGGCGACGUCUGGAUGGGAAUGUGGAAUGGCACAACUAAAGUUGCAGUGAAGACCCUGAAGCCAGGCACUAUGUCUCCAGAGGCCUUCCUGGAUGAGGCCCAGAUUAUGAAGAGGCUCCGUCAUGAUAAACUGGUACAGCUGUAUGCUGUAGUGUCUGAGGAGCCCAUCUACAUCAUCACUGAGUUCAUGAGUCAAGGAAGCUUGUUGGACUUUUUGAAAGAUGGAGAUGGCAGAAAUCUAAAAUUGCCUCAACUUGUGGAUAUGGCAGCCCAGAUUGCUGCAGGCAUGGCCUAUAUUGAACGGAUGAACUACAUCCACAGAGACCUGCGAGCUGCCAAUAUCCUGGUUGGAGACGGUCUGGUCUGUAAGAUUGCAGACUUUGGGCUGGCUAGACUCAUCGAGGACAAUGAGUACACAGCUAGACAAGGAGCAAAGUUCCCGAUAAAGUGGACCGCCCCGGAGGCUGCUCUUUAUGGUAAAUUUACCAUCAAAUCAGAUGUGUGGUCUUUUGGUAUCCUAUUGACUGAGCUCAUCACCAAGGGCAGAGUGCCUUACCCAGGGAUGAACAACAGAGAGGUUCUGGAGCAGGUGGAGCGUGGAUAUCGAAUGCCGUGUCCGCAGGGCUGCCCGGCGUCUCUGCAUGAGUUGAUGCUGCAGUGCUGGCGGAAGGAUCCUGACGAGAGGCACACCUUUGAGUACCUGCAGAGCUUCCUGGAGGACUACUUUACUGCUACUGAACCCCAGUACCAGCCUGGAGAAAACCUGUGAUAGACGCAUAUACACUUAAGUGCAUUAGUUUAAUAUAUCCUUCAGGAAAGAUGCAAUUGCCUUUUACUUUCUAUCACAAUACCUCCAUAAACUGAUUUUGAUCCAAAAGAACAUGCAUUAGUGCAGUUUCUCAUAUUCUGUGCUUUAUUUCGAGAGCUUCAAACUGAAAAAAACUUUCCAAGAUACUGCUCUCAAACAGCAAGAUCGGGUCACUGUCUUAAGGCUGAAGUAACAGAAUGUUGGUUCAUUAACUUAAACUUCAACAGCACAUUAAUACACAUUAAAGGGAUAGUUCACUCAAAAAUGAAAAUUCUGUCAUUGAUUACUCGCCUUCAUGUCAUUUCAAACCUGUAAGACCUUCGUUCAUCUACAAAACACAACUUAAGAUAUUUUUGAUGAAGACGAGAGCUUUCUGACCCUGCGUAGACAUCAAUGCGAUACAUUCAAGACCUAGAAAGGUAGUAAGGACAUUGUUAAAAUAACAGAUCUGUUAUCGAGAGACUUUUUUCCCCCCAAGGUAUCACGAUAUGGUGCUUUCGAUAAUGGUGGAGGACGGUGAUGUGAAAGAGAAGAAUUGGUGAAUGAAGUCGUUAUUUUUGUUUUAUUUGCGCACAAAAAUAUUCUCGUAGCUUCAUAAAAUGACGGUUGAACCACUCUGGGGUUAUGUUCACACUGUCAGUUUUUGGGAUUGAUAACCACAUUUACUUACAGGUGUGAAUCGAAAUGUCACAUUCACACAACAGCUUAGAGAAGCGUCUCGAAUGCUGUCUGUGUGAACGUGCAACGAGAGUCAGCCCGUAUUUAUUACUAGUAACCAUAGCAACAGUGACCAAAGUAAUAUCAAAGAUGGUGACCUCAAUAAGUUUUAUCACUUUCUGACACGACAAGAGUCCAUUUGAGCCACGAGUUAAUUCAUCAAACCUUCAUUACCCGACAGCAGCUUUUAUAUUUGGAUGAAGAGCUGAGCACUUGAGCCGCGCACAGAACAAAACUGACGGUAACGGUUUCGGUGGAGACUGGAUAUAAAACUUUAAGAUGACACGCAGCUAAUGUCUCCGUCACUGUAAGUUACCGAAACCACACACGAAAGCACACAAUACACGGAAGAGGCGCGUUUGUGUGGCAGAGUGGCUCUGUCUCACACUAAAUGACGUGAUGGACAAGUUGUCUUACCCUGUUCCGUUCACACAGCACGUGUGUUUCGAGAAUGCGGUUGUGAGUCAUGAAGAUUUACGGGUGUGAGUUUGGUUAUAGAAUGUGGUUGUCACAUCCGUAAAUAACCGUACUGUGUGUGAACGUAACCGUAUUAAUGACUCACAUACAGGACUGACAACCGUAUUCUGCUGCUGUGUGAACGUGGUCGGGGUCUGGGAACAUUUCAGUUACAUUGCUGUCUAUGGAGGGUCAGAAAGCUCUUUAUUUAUUUAAAAAAAUAAAUAAAUAAAUAAAUUUAAUUUGUGUUCUGAAGAUGAACGGAGGCCUUACGGGUAUGGAACGACAUGAGGAUGAGUAAUUAAUGACAAAAUGUAAUUUUUGGGUGAACUAACCCUUUUCAUCUCUCUGUUAAGCAAUAACAAUUAGUUACCUAUUCAAUCAUAUUACUAUAUCUUACCACCACUGUAUUUGAAUGUUCUGUCUCUUGUAGACUAUUCAAGUCAUUUCUAAUGGGUUCCUAGUGGAGUUGUUAUAGCUCUGAUAUACAGGUGGAACAGAAAAUCUCUACUAGACAUUCAACAGACCUGGAUAACUGAGAUUUUCUAUCUAAUCAGUGGUGUUUUGUGAUUCAUGUAAUAUACAGGUCUAAAGUCAAACUCAAGCUCGAGAACAAGGCCACACGAAUUAAUUACAUGCGAUUCAGUUUCUGAAUGUGCAUUUUUGAAUGUAACAGUUUAUUCUUUCUGUUUUUGCCUGGCAAAAAUAACUAAUUGGAUGCAAAGGUCUUGAUAUUCCAAAGCCAAAGAUGAAAUCUUGAAAUAUUAGUGUAUGCAUCUCAAGGCAGAGCUAAUCAGGAUGUGCCUUGAAAUGUCUUCAUAGUCUCAUGUUUGUUUCUCUAGGCCAUGUUCACUUAGCUAGUUAUGUUAUUGCUUUAUAAUAAUCCUUUUUGUUUAACUUUGAAGCUAACAAUCUUAUAUUAUCUCACUAGAGACCACUUCUGUUGUAUAACUGGGCUUUAUUGUGGCUUUAAAGACACGGUAUUGACAUUCAGAAAAGACUUCAUUCAGAGCUGUCUUUUAAAAUGAGAAGGAAAAACUACUGCUUUUUUAUUAUUUUGUUUUCUGCAUUUUACACUGUAUUUUACAUCAUAUCUCAAAUCUUUGAUAAUUUAAGUGAAUAUCAAACCUGUGUCUGUGUUCAGGAUUGGUGAUAUUCUACAGGGACAGACUGUAACCCUGAACUGAAGAAUGUGUAUUACAGUUAUGUAAUGUUUGUGCCAUUUUAUUAUACUGAGCUUACUGAA